AUGACAGGCCGCAACACGCCGAUAUCCUCAUCCGGGCUGCUCCCCAUGCCCGGAACACCAGGCUCGUCCUGGGCAACGUAUCAGUCCAGAAUGGCCAACCUGCUCCAACACCAAGAUACCAAAGUCCUAGUUGCAUUCUGGCUAUUCGGCCUAAUAAACAAUGUCCUCUACGUAAUCAUCCUCUCCGCAGCCCAAGACCUCGUCGGCUCCUCCAUCCCCAAAGGCGUCGUGCUCCUCGCCGACGUCAUGCCCUCAUUCUUCACGAAGCUCAUAGCGCCGUACUUUAUACACCGCGUUCCCUACCGAGUCAGAGUCCUCGUGUUCAUUGCCUUAUCAGCCGUCGGCAUGCUCAUGGUCGCGCUGACACCGCCUUCUAAAUCUGUGUCAGUCAAGAUGGCGGGCGUCGUGCUCGCCAGUCUUAGCAGCGGCGGCGGAGAACUGAGCUUUCUGGGUCUGUCGCACUACUACGGACAUAUCAGUAUCGUGGGAUGGGGUUCGGGGACGGGGGCAGCAGGGCUGGUGGGCGCAGGUCUGUACGUGGUGUUGACGGAGUGGUGGGGGUUUAGUGUGCGGGAUAGCUUGUUGUUUUCGGCGUGCUUACCUGCCGUCAUGUUUGUGAGCUUCUUUUUUGUGUUGCCGUUGGAGCCGUUGAGGGCGUCGUCGUUGCAGAAGGAUUAUGAGACGGUUCCGAGCCAGGAUCUUGCUGAGGACGACGUGGAAGAUAUGCCGACCGGGCCAGCAUCAUCAGCGCUGUUGGCACCUGGUCCGUCGAAUGUUCACACGGCUUAUUCGAUGGGUCAUGCGGCUGCAAAUUCCUUCGAGAACAACUUGAGGCGAGCCAAGUCGCUAUUCGUUCCGUACAUGGCACCACUUUUACUGGUAUACAUCGCAGAGUACACCAUCAAUCAAGGCGUCUCGCCGACGCUCCUCUUUCCCGUCAAAGAAUCCCCAUUCACAGAAUUCCGCGGCUUCUAUCCCUUCUACGGCUUCUUAUACCAGCUCGGCGUCUUCAUCUCUCGCUCGUCAACGCCCUUUUUCCGCAUUCACCGGCUCUACAUCCCGUCAGUACUGCAGGUCGGCAACAUGCUGCUGCUGAUAUUGCAGAGCUUGUUCUACUUCAUCCCCUCGGUGUACAUUGUGUUUAUCAUCAUAUUCUGGGAAGGCUUGCUGGGAGGCGCAGUGUAUGUGAACUGUUUCGCUGAGAUUAUGGAGAAUAUCCCCGACCAUGAGCGGGAGUUCAGUCUGAGCGCUACGACUGUGAGCGACAGUGGGGGAAUUUGCAUUGCGGCGCUUGUGAGUAUUUUGCUGGAGCCGAGUCUUUGUGCGUAUCAGGUUGCGCAUGGGAGGGGGUGGUGUCGACAGAUUGAGGCGCAACAGGGUUGA